AUGAUCAGUACAGUUGCGGUGGGUCGCGAAGGUGUCCUGUCAUCGGUCGCGUCUCGUGAGCUUCGCUGUGGUCGACGUCUGGUGUCAGGCCUGUUCUCUCGACCACGCCUGCCACUCGGAUACUCCUAUGUCACUACCGUACCUCGAGGCGCCUGUAGACUCAACAUCUCUGAAGUGACACCAAGUGACAACUACAUAGCGUUGAAAGUAUCCAAUGGGUCGUAUAUAAUGAAUGGUGAGUUCGCGGUGUCGGCGGCGGGUACGUACGAGGCGGCGGGCGCACGCUUCGUGUACUCGCGGCAGGGCUCGCUCGACAGCGUCAUCGCACACGGGCCCAUACACCACCCCAUCGAUAUCAUGAUCCUGUACACGCAACCAAAUCCGAAUAUAAAAUACGAAUACUUAACUGACUUAGAACCCGACGAAACUAGUAACGAUAUACCAACAGCCAACCCUGUGCCUCACCACUCGGCACAACGACACCACCGGCAUCACAACAUCGAGCCACACCUGCGCGACCUCGAAACAAAAUCCGAGCCUUCUCUGUCGAAGAUACCAGACUUCAAUAAUUUGGAAAGUCAAUCUCAAGUUGAGAGCAAUGUUAUCGGAAGCAGAAAGUUCAUUUGGAAGAUUAUGGAAUUUUCGCAAUGUUCACGUAGCUGUGGAGGUGGACUUCAAAUCGGAAAGUUUAAGUGUGCUGAAGUGACUGAGAAAGGUGAUAAGGAAGUAUCUCCCUUCCACUGCACUGGUGCUCCUCCACCAGCACGUCGACGUCGCUGUGGAGGCAAUCCAUGUCCUCCACGAUGGAGAGCGGCCGCUUGGGGACCCUGCCCAGGUUGUGGACCAGCACACAGGACGCGAAUUGUAGGCUGUGUUCAGGACCAUGCGCGAGGAAUCACUAAGAUAAGCGACCAAAAAUGUCCCUUACCAAUGCCUCCAAGCAGCGAACUCUGUGACAUUCCAAACUGCGACGGCACGGCUGCUACGACCUCUGUACCACGACUGGACGCUAGGCGUCAAGUGCGACCAAAGGACCGAACUGACAAUUUCAGAGAAGGCCCAGUGAUAUCCCUCGCUACAAACUUUACUGAUAACGACAUUGGAACCACACCAGCACCAAGCUACAGCCACAAUGCUGGAGGAGGAUGGUUGUACACAGAAUGGUCUCAGUGUGUAGGUUGGUGUGUGGGUGGAGGUGUGCAAUCUCGAGGAGUUAGAUGUGUAGAUCCUAAUGGAUGCACAACUCAUCGUGCGCCAGAACAAACACAAUCCUGUUCCAUCAGAAAACAGUGCGAUGCACAGUGGUUUACGAGUGAAUGGUCAGCUUGUUCUGCUACGUGUGGUGGUAAACAAGUGCGUGGUGUCAUCUGCAUCGGAGGCAAUGGCAGGAGACUGCGAGACUCCAUGUGCAGAGGAAAUAAACCUGAUGCUGAGCAGGCUUGUGGAGGAACCUGCAGUCCUUCAUGGUAUCUCAGUGAUUGGUCGGAGUGCCAAGGUCCAUGCGAGGCUGGCGUUCAAUCUCGCACAGUAUGGUGCGCGCGCGGUGGUGCAGAGGGCGCUAGCGGCGCGGCGCGAGACGCGGACUGCGCGGGAGUGCGUCCUCCAGCUAAACGUUCUUGUGUGCCAUCACGGUGCUCUACAAGACCAGCAGUUAAGACUGCGGUUGUGAAUGCACCUCCAUCAGAUCCACAACAACGUGUAACUAGACACCAAAGCCAUACAGCACAAAAUGUUCGUGACAGAUCUUACGCCGACGGCGCAUGUAUAGACAAGCUGAAUAACUGCGCGUUGGCAGUGCAAGCUCGGCUGUGCCAUUACCCGUACUACGCCGACUACUGUUGCAAAUCCUGCCACGGACGGUAA